AUGGGUCCUUCUGAUCACACUAUUGAGACAUCAGAUAAAAAGUUGUUGACAUCGGAUAUUGAUGUGGCUGUGGCUAAAGAGGAGAAACCAAAGAUCUAUAUUCGUCUCCGUACAAAGAAAAAGUCUGAGGAGGUUCAACAUGAUGGAAAGACAGGUACAGUCCUUAGAAAAGGGGAAGAACUGGGGGCAAAAACUUGGAAUUUGAGGCCUACAAGCCAGCAGAUAGAAAUGUGGGAAAAUCUGCAGCUGGCGGGUCGUCACAGGAGAACAAAUCUCUAUUGCCUCGGGCAACUGGAGCUGGUUGCAAAUCGACUGCUAAUAAGAAGGAGAAGGUGCCAAAGUUCUCUAUUGCUCUUUCUCCAGAGGAGAUAG